AGAACACAGUAAGAUCGAUAACACGGGAUCAAACAACCGUAUAGAAGAAAUCUGAGAACGCAAGGAAGUGAAGUUAGAAGAGUCCGAGUCGAUCUCUCUGGCUCUCAAUUCAAUUCUCAUUCUCAUAAGCUCCGAAGCUUUUAAACAAAAACAUUUGCUGUUUGUGUCAACCCCGAACCAUGAGAUCCAAACCGGUUAUUCUCGUACUUUUCGUGCAUUUAUGUCUCUCCUUGCUCUCUUUCUCUCUCGCCAUCUCACCUGGUGACGGUUACACCAUUACUGGUCGAGUGAAGAUUCAAAGUAUGGGUGUGAAAGGUUUUGGUGCACAUGCAAAAUCAUCAAAUGUCAAAGUUAUACUAAACGGUGGCCAAAGGGUUACUUUUCUGAGACAUGAUGGAUCUUUCUCAUUCUAUAAUGUGCCCGCGGGAACUCAUCUAAUUGAAGUUGAUGCUUUAGGCUAUUACUUCUCUCCGGUCCGGGUUGAUGUCAGCGCCAGAUUUCCAGGUAAGAUUCAGGCAGCACUGACAGAGAACAGGAGGGGUCUUGGCGAGUUGACUUUAGAGCCAAUGAGAGUGGAACAGUAUUAUGAGAUAAGGGAACCCUUUAACGUUAUGUCUGUUGUGAAGAGCCCAAUGGGUCUGAUGAUGGGAUUUAUGCUGGUUGUUAUGUUUUUAAUGCCCAAAUUAAUGGAAAACAUGGAUCCUGAGGAAAUGAGGCGAGCACAAGAAGAAAUGAGGAACCAAGGGGUUCCAUCUCUUUCAAGCUUGUUACCUGGUGCUGCGAGGAGUAGUUAAGGGAUUUAUUUGAAAAAGUGCAAACCCUCUAUCCCUUCUCCAUUUAAAAGCUGAAAUAUUUGGAAACAUUAAGUUUGGAGCCCUGGAGGCCUUGUUGUAUCAAGCAAAUAGGUGCUAAAAUUCUUCACUGAAUUUAUGGUCUCAAAAUUAUACCUCUUUUUGUUGGAAUUUGUGGAAGGUAGUAGUAUUUUACCUGGGUGACUAAUCAAAAGAUGAUGCAAAUCUGAUUUGAUAUUUCAA